AUGGCAGUCAUUGGUCUCACGGCGGGCAGCCACACCCAUCACUGCCCUGUUUGUCACAAGUCUGCCAAGUCUAGCUGUGUCAAGAACAAGCACCUUAAGAGCUGCAGCAAGUGCGGGGAGAACUACCCGCCGUCUCUCAACCCUAACGGAUGCCCUUACUGCAUUCAAAGGGCGGCAGCGGAAGAGGCUAGAAAGCAAAAGGAGAAGAAGAAGGACGAUGACAAGAAGAAGAAGGACAAGAAGGACAAUGGAGAGGGCAGCAGCAAGGGCAAGGGCAAGAAGAAGUAA